CAUGAAAAUUUUCGCCAUGAUGGCGCCAAAUGAGUGCUAUCGAAAAUUUCCCCUGAUACCAAAUUUUGGAAAUGAUUGAACGAUCGAAACGUAAUUAUGUUGAAAGAAGAAAGUUUGUAGAUUAAUUAUAACCUAUGGUCAAGGAGAGAUAGCCCAGGCUUUUACACCUUCACCAUCAGACUACAGCCAACCAAGCUCCAGACAUCACAGUAACCAUGAUGUCAGCCACCAAAACCAAGAAGAGCAAGGACAUUCCCAGGGAAACAAGUCCAGACUCUGGUGCUUGUUCGUCCCACAAGUCCAAGAGGAGACGACUUAGUACUGAUGAUGAAGAUGACUCAGGAUCUCCCAAAAGACCAGCAACCAAUCACCCAACCAGCAAGCUGGGUCAUAAUGGCCUGCGUAGUCCCACGUUCACACCACACAACAAGCCAGCUGAGCUUUUCCGGAAAGACCUGAUAAGUGCAAUGAAGUUGGCGGACUCAGAGCCGUUGCAGCAGGACUACAUCUUCAUCUCGGACCCCUGGAGACAGGAGUGGGAGAAGGGGGUGCAAGUGCCAGUCAACCCUGGGGAAAUACCAGAUAUCAGCAUCAAGACCUUGUAUGAGAAACCGAUAACAGGGGACUUCAAAAUACAGUAUGGAUCUCUUCCAGACCUCGGGAAGUACCUCCAUGCCACACAGGAUGAAACGUUUCGCCAGGGAAUUCACGAGUUGACGGGUAUGCAGCAGUUGUCAGAGCAGGUGGUGCGGUACGACCUUGAUGACUUGGAUGUAUCCUGGCUUGAGCUGGCCAAUGAGGAGAGAGAAGAAAUGGGGUUGCUGCCUGUCCAUGAGUGGACGAUGGAAAGAAUCAUAGAAGCUUUUGAAUCUCAGUGCCAUGAGAAGAUCAAGGAGAUCAUGAAGACGGAGGAAGGGCUGGGCAUCGAGUAUGAUGAGGACAUUGUAUGUGAAGUGUGUCGAUCGCCUGACAGUGAGGAGACCAAUGAGAUGGUUUUCUGUGAUGGCUGUGAUAUUUGUGUUCAUCAGGCGUGCUACGGCAUACAGAACAUCCCAGAAGGCCGGUGGCUGUGUCGGACAUGUUCUCUCGGUAUCAAACCCACCUGCAUCUUGUGUCCCAAGACUGGAGGAGCUAUGAAGAGCACUAAGAGUGGUACUAAGUGGGCCCACGUGAGUUGUGCACUGUGGAUCCCAGAAGUCAGCAUUGGCUGUGUAGAAAAGAUGGAACCAAUCACAAAGAUCUCAAAUAUUCCUGCAAGUCGGUGGGCGUUGGUCUGCUGUGUGUGUAAAGACCGAGUCGGCUCCUGUAUCCAGUGUUCAGUCAAGACCUGCAAGACUGCUUUCCACGUAACCUGUGCCAUAUUUAACGGACUGGAGAUGAAGACAAUCUUAGACGAGAGUGACGAACAGGAUGGCGUCAAGCUUAAGGCUUUCUGUCCUCGUCAUAGCAAGAAACGAGAACGGAGUCAGUCUGAUUCUGAACCGGAUUCUCCACGUAAAGAUACUCCACUGACACCAAGGAAAGAUCUCAGCAAGGAAGAAGUGGCCAACUUGAGAGCUAAAAAGAUGUCUGAGCUCCAGAACAGCUUCUACAAUGUUGUGGACACCCACAGCAUCGCUAUGAACCUCUCUGUGGAGGAUGAAGUAGUCGAGAUGAUGGAGGUGUACUGGAAACUCAAGAGAAAGAGUAACUUUGACAAGCCACUGCUGAUGCCCAAGACGGAGGAGGCUGACAUGUUAGAGAAGCAGCAGGAGGAUUCCCUUGUGGCCCGCAUGAAGAUGUUCGUGCAUCUCCGACAGGAUCUGGAGAGGGUGCGCAACCUGUGUUACAUGAUAAGUCGUCGUGAGAAGACCAAGCGCCAGUACUACAAGGCCAGGGAAAGCACUUUCCUUGCCGCAGUGCACACACUAACUGAGGAGAGACUAAACCUGUCUGCCAGGGAAGCGGAGAAAAUAGCACAGAAGUACACCAAAAACUGCCUAUAUGAAGGCUUGGCGUCAACAGAUAAGCCAAGAGUAGUGAGCCAGCUGUUUCAAGAUGAUAGUGUAUUGUCGCCUCCGUGGCUAGGCGAGGAUAGUGAAAGUUUGGAUAGUGACAGCAGGGAUGCUGGGAGUUCUUUCCGAGGGAGGUUGUCCUCCAAGAGCAGCAAUUCCGGCAGGAGUGAAAAAGACAGAUGUGAAAAAGAAUCUGGAAAAGAUUGGCUUGACAAGCCAAGAAGCAGGGAAUUAUGGAAUAAGCAAAGCGGAAAAGAUAGGACUGAAAGAGAAAGUGUUACAGAUCACAGUGAACGAGGGAAAGAGAGAACAGAAAGGCGAAGUGGGAAAGAUUUUGGUGAGAGAGUUAGUUCGAAAGAAAAAUCAAGACAGUCAGGGAAGGAGGAUGCUGUCAUAAAAAGUACUGUAAAUAAAGACGGUCUAAAGUUCCAGUCUGAAAAGUCGGGGAAAGAGAGAGUGGAAAGUGCAAAAGUCCAUUCAGAAAAGUCAGGGAAAGAGAGGGAAGGUGUCAGAGUUCAUCCAGAAAAGUCAGGGAAGGAAAAAGUUGAUAUUGCAAAAGUUCAGUGUGAAAAGUCAGGGAAAGAGAGUUUGAAACUUCAGUCUGAAAAGUCAGGGAAAGAGAAAGACAGUGUUCAAGUUCAGUGUGAAAAGCCAGGGAAAGAGAAAGAGAGCUUAAAACUUCAGUCUGAAAGGUCAGGGAAAGAAAAAGCAGAGAGUGAAAAGAUGUAUUCAGAAAAGUCAGGGAAAGAUAAAAUGGAGAGAAGUGGGGGAAGGGACCAGGACGAAAAAGUUUCCAGGAGAGAAAAAUAUGAUCGACAAGGAGGCAAAGAUGGUGAGAAAUCAAGAGAAAGACAUAAUCGACAAGAAGGCAGUGACUCAGGGGAAAAGGUGGAGAAAGAUGCUCAUGUUUGGAAAGACAUCAGUGAGAAAUUGUUACGGGAGGAAAAACCAGAAAGAAGGGCAGUGAGGGAGCCUGCAGUUGAUGGUGUAAAAAUCAAGGCUGAUUCAGAGAGUUUUGAAAAAGAAAUACUUAGUGAAAAGAGUAAGUCUGAUGAUUCUUCGGUGAAAAUUGGCCGAGAUAAGAGUGAAAGAACUCGGGGUAAAGGGAAGGAGAAGGUGGAAGCUCUGUCCGAGAGUGAGAUAGUCGAUGUUGUUGCUGUUGACCCACCUGUUAUCAGUGCCAGUUUCCAUCCUAACAUUGAAACACGGGUUGAAGUCAAGCCAAAAGUAGAAACUUCUGUGUUUGAUUCCGAACGUCCUCGGCGGUCACAGAGGGAAAAUCGGCAUCAGAUUGAAAUGCCCAAAGUGGAUGUGUCCCCAUCACGCUUGUCCAUACCAGAUGCUGUCAUUGUGGAGGAAGUCCCACAACCCAAACGGGAAUCAAGGAAGGAGAAGCACCGACGUCGUGGUCACAAACAUAGACGAGGGGAACAUCGAUCCCCAGACAAAAGAAAAGAUGUGACUUUAUCUCUGUCUCGUGACUGUAAAAAGACUGAAUGUAUAAAACCAGAAGUUAAUGGUGUUCUGAGGAAGUCGAGCAAGUAUAUUGUAGAUGUGUCAGUCAAGGAGAGAGUACAGAAUAAACUGCUCAAGUCAAGAAAAUUACGUUACAUGAAUGGUGUUGAGGACAAGUCGCUGCAGAAGCUAGAUAAAUAUUUUCAAAUAAAGACAGAAAGUGAAUCUGGUAAUACUAAAUCUUCACUGUCAUUACGUGCGGGUAAUCGAAUCCUUAAUGAGAUAUCCCCUGACAAGGGGAAGGUCCCAUUUGAGAACAAUUUGUUUGGUGCGCAUUAUACCCCAAGGGGCAGCCUCAGUGGGUACAAGAUACCCAAGAAGGGGGACAGUGCAGAACACACACCCCAGAAAAUACAAAGUCCAUGUGAAAAGAGUGAGGAGCAAUCUGAGCUUUCAAAAACGGGGGAGAUGAGAAGUUCACGGAAGAAAGAGACCGGGUUUGGUGCAGGUGUAAAGAGAGACAUUUUUGCGACAGGAUUUGAUGCAUUGAGUACAGAUUCUGAGUUUACCAAAGACAUGGAACUUGUUUCAGAUUGUCGUGGGUACAGGUCUCACUCGCCGUUGUCUAGCGAGGGGACAGAUGUAUCUGAGCCUGGGCGUCGUCCAGACUCGAGGGAAAGUACGCCAAGGCGGGUCACCCGCAGCCAACUUGUAGAUGUUGAUGAAAAUUCAGUAGAUAGUGUUCAUUCUCCAAGAAGCAAUAUGAAAAUCCGGUUACGUGAAGGAUGGCUUCGGCCUUCGAACUCCGCUUCAUGACACUGAGGAGUAUAAUUAUUGAAUUUGUCCACGGCAAGAGGCAACUUGUGUAUGCAGUGUCGGUAAAAAGUGCUAUUAUGAUAAACUGGUCUUGAGCAGUGUUAUUUAUAUUGCAAAGUUAAGUAUGUCCCAAGCUCUGUCCAUCAGUUUUGUUGGCAUUGGUGUGGCAGUGGAGUUCAUGUACAGUUCAUUCAUUCUGACAAAGACAGCUUAUUUAUCCGUACUGUACAAAAAAGAGUUAGGGGUUUUGAACAGUUUGGGUGCUGUUUUUUGUAGUGUUGACCGAAAAUGCAAUUACUUCAAAACAUCCUCUGGAAAUGUUCACGAUCCCUAACCUUUUCUGUUCAGUAUAAAAGGAAAAAGAACUCAUACUACUCAUAAUUUGCAAAGGGCCACAACUUUAACUAAAGAUGACUACUGUGGUCCUUAGCAAGUGUUGAGUAGAACAAGCCAUGUAUACGUCGAGAUUCACACAACUGUGUGUACUUUGAUCGUGUUAUUCAUCGACACUAAAGGACUACCUUUGAAGAAAUGCAAGGGCAACAGAACUAUUCUUAGCAAAUUUUUUCAUGAACAUACAGUGUAAUAUGUUUUCUUGUAAAAUACCUGGUAGCAACGCAGGUUAGACCUGACUCCUUCAAGCUGUAUUUUGAAUUUAUAAGUGGUAUUUACCAAUAAAUCCUUGUCCGUCAAGAAAUCUGUGGUCUUGGUACUGUUUUUUUCAUCCACCAAGUAUAUGUUUCUACUUGAGUAGUCCCUGGUUCUUAUUUGUCAAGGCCUUGUUUGUGAUUUGAUGUUAGUCACAUUCAGAGCAUCAUCCAACACAUUGGUGGUAUAUUGUGCACAAAAUUGUUUCACUGUUACUUGCUGUGAACAAGCCCCUUUAAGUAGAACAUGCACAAAUCUCCAUUGGCAUCAACAGAGCAGUCCAUUGCUAUUGGAGUAAGCUCGUCAAGCUCCCUUGUUACUUCAUAGAGCAGGCAGUUCUUGUGGAGAGGGGAAACCCAGUUCAAGGUCAAUUGUUGAAGGAACAUGAAUUGUCUGAUGUAGAUUUAGAGAGAACUUUUUAGCUGACCUGCUCAGAAAGAGACAGAAAUUGUAAGGUUUGUACAGACUUCAAGAGACAUUGAAAAGGUUUUUGUUGAAAAGGUUUUUGUUGAAAAGGUUUUCAAAAUGAUAAUGUGACUUCAAACAGGCUAUAUGCUUUAUUACCAAUCACCAUCUCAUAUUACAUGACAAGAAAGUUCAUUUUCAUGGUUUGCUGAAAUUUGCUUAAACCUUUGUGGAUGAUCUUUGUCAACAGUGAUUUACCCCUUCAAAUGACCCUGUGCUUCCUUAGAGUUAAACAUGCCUAGAUCCCUCUGGUUCACAAUGUACAUUGUUUUAACACCGUAGGAUGGUAUGGGCAGAGUGGAAACCGAGUUGAUAUUUACCUUCAUCUGAGGAAACCUGGUUCAUAUGGCCUGGAGUGGUUAAAAAGCUUAAAUGAACCUUUAGUUUUGUGAUUGAAAUUCAUCAGGGCUCCGAUAAGGCUUUGGGUGGAAUUAAUAAUAAUAAUAAUAUGUGCAUUUCUAUAGCGCAUCUAUUCACAAAAUAGUAUGCUUUGUGCGCUGCUACAGACUGGAUUGAUUGAGUUUAGUUUUACACCUCACUCAGCAGUAUUACAGCAAUAUGGCGGUUACAGACUGUAACUUGGACCAGGUGUUUCCUACAGUGACAUGUACUGAUCUACUGAAUCAUGACCUGGGUUUGGAAUAUAUACACGGUGUGGGGGGUGGGUAGGACUAAGGGUCUGGGGUAUCUACACGCUCUGAGGGGUAUCUGUGAGGGGGGCUGUCAGAAGACCUGGGUAAAGAUUGGCACUUCAUGGAGUUAGCUUCUCUACAUUAAAAUCUCAUCCAUGAUUAUCCAGUGUGUUAUGUCUCCAUUUUCGAUCACUCGAAAGAAGUUAAGAACACUUGUUCUUUCAUAUGACUACUGUUAAUCUGUCACACCCUGACAAACAAAAUUGAAAUGAAAGAUAUUUAAGUUCUUUUUGAGAGGCA